AUGUCAUCCAGCGCCACCUCCAUUCCGCCCGCAAGUAAACUCCCUCCGUCUUCGAAUUCGUCCAAUUUUUCGCUCGCUCCUCCCGACAAUUCCUUUUCUAAGCGCUCUAUCAGCUCAGGGGGUUCUGGAGCAGCCGUUGCAACGCGUCAGGUUCCGCAGGCGCGCGGGAACCAGCCCUUGAAGAAGCAGCACAAGCAACAGAAGAAGCCUCGUCUCGUCGAUGAGGAUGUCCUACACGAGACCCAAGCCAUGAGGUCCAUCAACUCACGCAAGGGUCAAACCUCCAUCACCCACCUUAUGAACUUUUCCUUACCUCCCCGCCCCCAGCACCACUAUCAACAUCACUUCAAUCAUCGACACCAGAGACGCAAUCCUACUUGGGGCCUCGGCUCCGGAUAUCAUGCUAUCGACAAAGCUCGCUAUGUUCAUGCGAACUACCGUUUCGUCGUCCGCCCGGACCGAGAAUACCAUGUGCAGACGGUCGAUGCAGAUGUCUACGUCAGUUGGGAUGCAGUUUUACAAGUGCUGGCUUCAGCCGAGACUCAAGAGGCUAGCUGUCCAAUCUGCCUGUCCACUCCAGUCGCUCCACGCAUGGCCAAGUGCGGCCACAUCUUCUGUCUGCCCUGCCUCAUCCGCUACAUGCAUUCAACAGAUGAAUCCAACCCGAUUCCCGAGAAGCGACCAAGGUGGAAAAAGUGCCCAAUUUGCGAGGAUAGCAUUUAUAUAUCUGAUACCAGACCGGUCAGAUGGAUCCAGGGUAACGAUGUCAGUAUGCUAAGAGAAGGUGGUGACAUCCUGCUUAGGCUGCUCAAGCGUGAGCCUGGUACAACAUUGGCCUUGCCCAGAGACACCGCUGAGAGCAGCAGUCGCUCUGAUGACAUCCCCUGGUUUCAUGUGGCUGGGAUGAUGGAGUAUGCUCGGUUCAUGAAAGGGGGCGAAGAAUACAUGAUCGCUCAGUACGACCAGGAGAUUGCGGACCUCGAUACUCAGGAAAAGGAGGACGAACUGAUGUUUGGCGACGAUAACACUUGGACCCGGAAAGCCGUGCUGGCUAUCGAAGAUGCCAAACAGAAGUUGUCCGGCCUGGGCAAUCCUCCGAUGGCAGCGCCAAACUCAUCUACAAAGCAACAAGAGAUCCCAGAGUCUUGGGAUUCAGUCGACCAGGAGGGGUCUUCCAACUUGACUUCGGCUGUUAAGCUGAUGACACUCGGUCAAGGCACCGCUACGGCGAAACCUGCAGCACCCCCCUCGCGGCAUGCUCACGGACCUCAUCGGCCAUCGUCUCACCCGUUUUAUUUCUAUCAUGCAUUACCAAAUUUCUUCCUCUCACCAUUAGAUAUUCGGAUCCUCAAGGCUGCUUUCGGGGACUUUUCUGCAUUUCCUUCGACCAUCCUCCCACGGGUAGAACACAUAUCUACAGGGCAUAUCUUAGAUGAUGAUCUGCGCAAACGGGCCAAGUACAUGGCUCAUUUGCCAUAUGGCUGUGAAGUGACAUUCUUAGAAUGUGACUGGACAGACGUCAUUAGCCCGGCCAUUCUAGAGCAAUUUCAGGAUGACAUUACUAAACGACGAAAGAGAAACCUGGAAAAGGAAGCGAGAGAAGAGAGAGAUAGAAUCCGGGCCGAAAAGGAAGAGGACGACAAAAGAUGGGCGGCUACCCGCCGGCCUCGGAGGCCGAGUUCUGUGCCAAAGAGUUUCACUGAAUCGGAUUUUCAACCAUUAGUGGACUCGGCGACUCAUGCUAGCUCUUCGCCAGGCGAGCCUGGUCUAGCAACGACACCGCCGUGGGGUAACGCCAGGGCUCAGUCUGCAUUUGCGACGCUGGCCACACCAGGCACUAGUCCUGACGCACCUCGAACAGUCUGGGGGACGGCGGCAGUGGCACCAAUCUCCCCACCGUUGAUCGCGGCGCCUGAACCGGUGACCGCACAAGUUGACGACGGCUGGCUGCAGGGUUGGGAGCAAGACUUGCUGGAUGAGAGUGACGCGGUGGCUAUGGUUGAGGCUACCUUGAAUAAUGGGAGCUCGCGCCCAAGUGGCGGAGGCCCUUCAACAAAGAAGGGAAAGAAGAAGAAGAUUACGCUGAUGUCGACGGGCAAUCGACGUGGUGCUUAG